AUGUCUCAAGCAAUGGGAGUUAGAUCUACGAAGAAGCACUUUUUGGUUUUCUUACUUGUCUUGUCAUUGGUCAUACUUGAGCCAAUUGAGGCUUUUUCCGAGUUGAAAAAAUGGCAGAUCCACGUUGUGAAUGGGCUCAGCAACGGCCAAACACUCUUUGUGCACUGCAAAUCGAAGGACAACGAUCUAGGUGAACACAACCUUAAUAGCGGAACUGAAUUCAACUGGACUUUUAGAGUGAACCUUUGGAACACGACGUUGUUUUGGUGUUACUUGCAUAAACCAGAUGGAAAAUCUGCGUCAUUUGAUGUCUUUUGGGUUGAGAAGAAAUCGAUUUGGCUCUUUUACAGAUGCUACCAUUCCAACUGUAUUUGGACCGCGAAAGAUGAUGGAAUCUACUUGAGAGACAACCCAGUUCAAAGAGAUAUUUUAGUUCAUGAGUGGAAAUAA